GAGAUUCGCAAAUCUGUACCAUUGGCUUUCGGGAUUUGGCUGGCAGCGCUGCUUGUUUAAUUGUUAACUAACUUUUUUUGUACCAAAUAACUUUGCAAAAAUGCUGAAGCAAGUGACGAAGCAAUUGGCUCUGCAGGGAGUGCGCAACUUCUCGCUCAGCCAGCAGAACAAUUACAAGGUGACCGUCUGCGGAGCCGCUGGAGGCAUUGGCCAGCCCCUGUCACUGCUGCUCAAGCAGAAUCCCCUGGUCACCGACCUGGCCCUGUACGAUAUUGUGCAUACGCCCGGUGUGGCCGCCGAUCUGUCACACAUCGAUACCAAGAGCAAGACCGCCGGAUUCAUUGGUGCCGACCAGCUGGGCGAUUCCCUGAAGGGAUCCGAUGUGGUCGUCAUUCCCGCCGGUGUGCCCCGCAAGCCAGGCAUGACCCGCGAUGAUCUGUUCAAUGUUAACGCCGGCAUCAUCAAGGACAUCUCCAACUCCAUUGCCAAGAACUGCCCCAAGGCCCUGGUGGCCAUCAUCACCAAUCCGGUGAACACCUGCGUACCCAUUGCUGCCGAGAUCCUGAAGAAGGCUGGUGUCUACGAUCCCAAGCGUCUUUUCGGAGUCUCCACCCUGGAUGUUGUGCGUGCCCGCGCCUUUAUCGGUCAUGCCUUGGGAGUGGAUCCCCAGAGCGUGCAAAUUCCCGUUAUUGGUGGACACUCCGGUGUGACCAUUCUACCUGUGCUGUCGCAGAGCCAGCCCCAGUUCAAGGGCAACCAGGACACCAUUGAGAAGCUGACCGUGAGGAUCCAGGAGGCCGGUACUGAGGUGGUAAAGGCCAAAGCCGGAGCUGGCUCAGCCACUCUUUCCAUGGCGUAUGCUGGCGCCCGUUUCGCCGGCUCACUACUGAAGGGUCUUAACGGUGAGAAGAACGUGAUCGAGUGCUCCUAUGUUCAGUCCACCGUCACGGAGGCUACCUUCUUCUCCACACCCCUGGUGCUGGGCAAGAACGGAGUGCAGGAAAAUCUGGGCCUGCCCAAGCUUAACGACUACGAGAAGAAAUUGCUGGAGGCAGCCAUCCCUGAGCUGAAGAAGAACAUCCAGAAGGGCAUUGACUUCGCCAACGCCUAAACGGGCUCGGAACAGCUGAUCUGAACCACUAAUCCCGUGAACGAAUUAUGUACUUGAUUAGCUCCUGUCGUGUAUUGGCAAACCCUUCCCUUAGCAAAUCUUUCGUCUUAAGUCGGCGUGUCCAAAGAUGUAACUGAUCUACGGUCUGCGUGUGGCAUAAACAAUGCAACCAGUUGAUAAUCUGAAAUAAAUAAACAACAAACUUGGA